AUGAGUGCCAAACUGCCUUUUCAGCUUUCAACAGGCGCAGUGUACAAGCACCCUCAAUUCCCGAGUCUUAUUGCUGCUGGAGUCGUGGCCUUCACCUCCAUCCUCCUGGUCGCUCUGAAAUUCUGGAGCUCGAGCGCAACACCCAAGGUCAAGAUUCUGCUUCAAGAUGAGAUCAAAAGUGCGAGACAGCGCGCAUUGGAGUAUUGUUUCAAUCCUCGGGCGGUCAUGGCAAAAGGAUACGCAAAGGACAUGCAAAUCGAGUAUACGCAUUUCGGCGGUCCAGCGGAAUAUGUAAUUCACGCUAUCAAGGCUAAUUUGACCGGGUCGCUUUACUGGACUCCAGUCAAAGUACACGACAGAGUCCUCCGCCUCAUCGCCACCAACAACGCCCGCGUCUUCCAAGGCACAGCCGCCAGCCUCGACGAAGAAUGGCUCGAAGCGUCCACCGGCUACGUCCUAGCCUGCUUCGACUGCAUCCGCGCUCUUAAACAAUGGCACCCAUGGCUCCGGCCCCUCGUCUACAGAUUUAUCCCCGAACGCGCAGCCAUCAAAGACCAGUGGACCAAGGGCCGCAAACGAGUCAUGGCUUCUAUGCGUGAGAGGCAAGAGAAGGGGGGUAACCUGGAGGACCCACCUACUAUGCUGGAUCAUUUGAGUAAUGGGAGGAAUGAACAUAUUGCCGAUGAUGUUGAGCUGCAGUUGCUGCAUCAGAUGACCUUGAUUGCUGUUGGGACUGUUACGACAUUUUCGUCGACGACGCAGGCUAUUUAUGAUCUUGUGGCGCAUCCGGAGUAUAUACGUAUUCUUCGGGAGGAGGUUGAGUCUGUGCCUAGGGAUUCGAAUGGUAACUUCACCAAAGACUCAACGGUGGCUAUGAAUAAGCUUGACAGCUUUCUCAAAGAGAGUCAACGCUUCAACUCACCUGAUCUCACAACAUUCCAACGCGCAGCUAUUGCAGACAUGAAACUCCCAGACGGCACAUUCGUCCCCAAAGGCACCAAAUUAGAAAUCAACACUUGCUCAAUUCACAAGGACCACGAGCUGUACGAGAAUCCUGAGCAGUUCGAUGGUCUUCGCUUCCAUAAAUGGCGAAAAGCUCCUGGUAAGGAAAAAAGGUACAUGUACUCCAGCAGUGGAACAGAUGAUCUGUCUUGGGGCUUUGGGCGACAUGCGUGCCCGGGGAGAUAUCUGAGUGCUAUCAAUAUCAAGCUCAUCAUGGCGGAGCUGUUGAUGAAUUAUAAUAUCAAGCUACCCGAUGGACUCAGUCGACCUAAGAAUAUUGAGUUUGAAGUGCUGUGCUCUCCGGAACCCGACUUUGAGAUCCUUCUUAAGGACAGGGAUCAUUAG